AAGCGCACCUCUCUUGACGUCGUCCCGCACAUGCCCGACUUGACCCCUGCCCAGUGGCCCCUAACGACCCCACAGCGACUUCGCUCCUUCAAUAUAUCCCCGAUACCCGCUGUCACUCUAUACCCUGGCACCACUGUUCCGCACGCAGCAUGUCCUUCAACAAAUUCAUCCUAUACGAGAACAAACUCCGGUUCUACAUCGUCGUCUCGAAUGCCGCAGACUCAAGACAUAAAAUCAUCAAGAUUGAUCGUACUACGCAGGGAGAGAAGCUCAAUGUCGUUGAAGACGACGCAACGUACAGCGGAAAACAGAUGACCGCUAUGCUAAAGAUGCUCGAGGAUGGGAACAGGGCGAACGGUGGUCUCGGUAAUCCGAAGCUGUUCUUUGGUGUUGCUGGGUGGUACAUGGUGCUCAUCUCGAGACGAUGUCCCGUGGCACUUCUCGGAGGACACUACAUCUACCACACCGAAGAGGUCGACAUACUCCCAGUGUCAUCAAGUCACAAAGUUGAUAAGCCAGCUGAGGAGCAGAGGCUCCUGAACAUCUGGAAGCAGGUUGACCUCACUAAGAACUUCUACUUCAGGUACGCCGAGCAUCUCGUUUCCCUAGUGCGGCUCCAUGAACAAUGUAUCUAUCCAUCCAUACGAUUUGACAUCGACUCUGCAACACAACCUUACUCGUCCGAACGCCCGCCGAAUGAGUCGUCCAUGUCAGACAGCGAGAAACAGCGAGAUGUGCACCUUAUAUCCCAGUGGAUAGUUCCGCUUGUCCAUGGACACGUUGAUCAGGCCAAGCUGACCGUUCUCGGACGCGUAAUCUUCAUCACACUCAUAGCGCGCCGUUCAAGACAUCAUGCAGGAGCGCGAUAUCUCAAACGUGGGGUUAACGACGAGGACAAUGUCGCAAACGAGGUUGAGACGGAGCAGAUCGUCUCCGAAAUGCUAACCACGCCCUUCUACUACCCUGCACCACUGUCAUCUCCAAGCAACGAAGAGAAGAGCCCGAGUCGGCCUCCAAGGCGGCCAAGCCCCAAUUUCACUAGCUUCGUCCAGUACCGUGGAAGCAUACCGAUUUAUUGGACGCAAGAGACCAACGCCAUUGUGCCCGAGCCCCCGAUAGAAAUCAGCGUGAUGGACCCGUUCUACACCGCAGCGUCGAAGCAUUUCGAUGACUUAUUUGCGCGGUACGGCGCGCCGGUCACGAUACUCAAUUUAAUCAAGAAGCGAGAGCCGCAGCCGCGAGAAAGCAAACUACUCCAGGAGUACACCAACUGCGUCAAUUACCUGAACCAGUUAUUGCCUCCGGACAAGAGGAUGAAGACGCUAGAUGUCAUUGGGUAUCUCGAGGAUAUUGCAGAAGAAAGUAUCAUGAUGACAGGUUUCUUUCACUCGGGCCUCGAACCCUACAGCCACUUCUUACGGAAUGAAAUCGAAUAUGAAAUAACAGGUACAAAUAUUCCCUGGCGCAGCUGCAUGUCACUUCAGAACGGCAUCUGUCGCACAAACUGCGUGGACUGCCUUGAUCGCACGAACGCUGCGCAGUUUGUGUUCGGAAAGCGGGCGCUAGGGCAUCAGCUCUACGCGCUUGGUGUUGUCGACUCGCCCAAUCUGGCUUUCGACAGCGACGCAGUGAACAUGCUCACAGAGAUGUACCAUGACCACGGGGACACGUUGGCGAUGCAGUACACGGGCAGCGCGCUUGUCAAUCGCGUCGAAACCUACCGAAGAAUGCCACAUUGGAACGGUCACUCGCGCGACAUCAUCGAGAACUUCCGGCGGUUCUACACUAACUCACUGCUCGACGCGGACAAACAAGCAGCUAUCAACCUAUUCCUCGGCAUCCAGAGCGACCGGCCUAUUACACAGAGUGUCCAACGUGGCUCGUACCGCGACUGGUACAAGAAAGAGCAUCUCGAAACCGCGUACGAUAUCGACGAAUGCGAGAGAGGCAUCCAGCAGUUCGUGCAGGAGCGGGGCGACUUUUGGGUCGAGUACUAUCGCCCGCUGCUGUUCACCAGUCUGGGGAAGCACUUCGUGUAUUCGAUGAAUAGCACGCUAAAACUGCCUGGGAAAAGUACACAUGACGCCGAGCAGCACAGGAGCCCAAGCCCGUUCAUGCCUAGGCACACCACUGCGCACCACUCGCCACGCCUCAUGGACGGCGUGCGUCGCUGGAUGGCCUCCGGCUCGCCAACAAGCCGAAAGAGUACACAUAUCGAGACGUGGUACGCUCCACCAUCCAAAGUGACUAAGACGGAACUCAGGCCCGGCAAGGGUUCGACCGAGUACAUCGCCGCGGCGCUCCUCGACCCGAGCGUUCCGCCUGAGGAGGAGGCGGAAUACGGCGCGUACGUCGCCCAGUGUCAGGAGCUGUCACGUGCGCCACAAGACGACCUGUGGCACCGAUCCAGCGUCAGGGAUAAGGAUGUCGACCUAUACGCGGGGUAUGUGGAAAAAGGCCGGCCGUUCACCUCGGACUUCGCGGGCGAGAAGGAACAGCUGCCCAUCCAAUUUGACUACGAGAAGUGGCUGGGUGGUGUCUCAUAAGCAUGGUCAUAUGCAUUUCGCGGAAUGCGGGUUUGUGCGUGGCUUGCAUAUCGCUGUAUUAGGUUUCAUGCGGUGCAGAGAUGCUCAAAGUAGGAGCCUGUACGUGAGCUGCACAUCGUUGUAUUAGGUUUCAUCUGAUACAGAAAUAGUUAAAGUAGUAAAGCAAUAUCGGUGGGCAUGUCAAGCGAGGCUCAGUGGUCAACGCCGCUAUCUUCGGAGGACAGGCAGAGAAGCAGCUGCGCUCGAGCACGCCCGGCGCGUGCCUUUGCGGGCAGUAAGUCGCUGUCAUUUGACGGGCCGCAUGGUUUGGUCCAUAUAAGCCUGUUAUAUGGCCCGCAUAUCGGCCAUCUCGUUUAACCCCAACGACCCACCAAAAUGUCUGACGUCCUUGUAGCGUGAGUGGUCCGCGGACGAUGAAUCACUGUGGUAUAACCGAAGAUUGACAGUGUAAUGGGAGCGACUGGCGCGGGAAAAUCGACAGUGAGUGCUGACACUAAC